AUGAGGAACAUAGAGACAAAGAAACUGUUUGCCGUGAAAAAAAUCAAGACAGAUCCAUCAAAGAAAAUGAGAACCAAAGAGGCAGUGCUUCAGGAGGUGACCAUCCUGGGCAAACUCAAGCACCUCCACAUUGUAACCUGCCAUGAGCACUUCUUUGAGGAGGAACAUAUGUUCAUCAUCCAGGAUUACUGUGAUGGUGGCUCCCUGGAUGACCACAUUAAGAUGAGGAAGGAGGGGUACUUUCCCGAGAACACAAUCAUGGAAUGGUUUGUGCAACUAGCUAUGGCUGUUCAGUACAUCCAUUCCAUAAAGAUCCUGCACCGAGAUAUCAAAACAUCCAAUGUGUUUCUCACUAAGAAAGGGAUGGUGAAACUGGGGGACUUUGGCAUUUCGAAGGUCAUGAACAGCACCCUGGACAUGGCAAGCACUUUUGUAGGCACACCCUAUUACUUGAGCCCAGAGCUCUGCGAGGAUGUGCCGUACAGCUCCAAGUCAGACAUCUGGGCGCUGGGAUGUGUUCUCUUUGAAAUGUGUGCCUUAAAGCCACCCUUUGAUGGAAUAAAUCUGGUCAGCUUGUUUUACAAGAUUGUGAAAGGCGAGUAUGCCGCUGUGCCAGAGUGCUAUUCUGAGCCCCUGCAUGGCUUGAUCCAAACCAUCCUGGCAAAGUGCCCAGGAAAGAGACCCAGUGCCAGCAGCAUCCUCAACAUCCCUUUUGUCCAGCAACACCUGAAGCUCUUCCUUCUUCACCAAGAAUCCCAACUCUUCAAGCAGCAACAUCUGGCAAAGCUCCAUGAGGAGGACAACACAGAUCCCCUCUCAUCCACACCUCAAAGUAAGACACUGUUGGCUCACCAAGGGAGGGGAGCCUUAAGGCCAAAGUCAGCUCCACGGUAUGUCAACACACACAGUCCAGAGCUUUAUGAGCCAGAGGAGCUCUCCAGCACUCUAGACAGCAGCUCAGAUUACUCUGAAGACUUUGAGCAUAAAAGUGUAUCUUCCAUUGAGGAGAACUUAGAAGAUGACAUACCCAUUCCACCUCUGAUCAAGGAGGUGCCAAGAGAGAUAGACCAGUGCAGCUCUCCUGACAGACUAUUAUCCUCCAGCCGUCUGAGCACAGAUUUGCAAGAGUGGAAGGAUGAGGCGGAGCUGACCGAUUACCCUGAUGAUUUUGAGGAGGUUGAGGAGACCAGCCUGGAGGACGUGGUGAGCAAUGCUCGCUGUGCGAUCAAGAUGCCAGCUGACAAUGAGGCAUUCCAGGAGGAACAGAUGGAUCACCAAGGGCCUGCUGAUCUCUCCUUCACCCUGAAGACUUUGUGGGAGACAUGCAAAGGUGAAGCUGGACCUUCUCUGUAUGAUGAAAUCACAGGUCAGGCCCAGUUCACCCCUGAGGAUCUGCAGCCUCAUUUUGAACAUCGAAUGGGCCCUGACCACCUGGAGACCUGCUAUCUGCUCCUCAGCUUGGACCAGGAAACAACUUAG